CAUUGGAACAUUUACCAGAUGCAAGUAGCCGGACUAUACUUCACUUGUCUCACUCUGUAAACACCUGUGGGCACCCUGAUUUUGGUAAGUCUUUUACGGAACCUGUUUUUACUGCUUUUUGGUUGAUUCGAACAACUGACAAUUGUGACACACCUUCUUUUUUUGCAACAUAA